AUGAAAUUCUCUCUUGCAACCUCACUCAUAUUCCUCAUCGGCAUAGCCUCCGCGCUUCCUGCCAACGUCACCAGUGAUGGCAAUGAUGCCGACAGUUUUGAUCUCCUCGCAGCCACCGACCCAAUCGAUUUUCUUCAAGCGCCUUCCCAGUCUGCAAAGAAGCCAUGUGGUGGCAAUGAUUACACAGGGAAAGACAUUCUUCUCGCUGCCCAAAAAGGUGUAAAUUUACAACUCGCGGGCCAGAUUCGUGGAAGUAAGUACUUCACCCUCGCCUACAAAGCCCCCUCCCACCCCCUCUACCUUUGCCUGUAUCCUCCCCACUCUCUUCUCCGUUUGUUUCUAACCCCUCGCCCCAACCUUCAAGAAGGCAAAUACCCCCACGCAAUCAACAAUGACGACUCCAAAGGCCACCGUCUCGUCUUUCUCCCCAACUGCCCCGCCGACUUGAACCGCAUGGAAUACCCAUUGAAAAAAGGUACACCCUACGACGGUGGCAAGAAUAAUAAGGGACAGGGUGAUGAGCGCGUUGUUUAUUAUUAUCAGAAGGGUAAGAGGGGGAAUGGUGGACACCCCAAGGUGACUUACUGUGGGUUGAUUACGCACAAGGGGGCGAAGGCGAAGGGGGGUUUUGUGAACUGUCAUGCAUAG